CUUAUCAGCGCCUACGUGUUGAGCGCUCCUCACACUGGACCCAGCGACAGAAGAGAGUGGACCACCUCCACAUGGUCACUACAUGCUGACGACGAGAACAUCAUCUCGAAACACCCUCAUCGCCUCUGCGGACGUUGACCUGCAGCUCUUGACAGGAUGGAUUUCUUAGACCACGGCUUCCUGGACGCGCGCUCUCCCUAUGAUUACACUUUUAAUUUUUGGAACGACUACCUCGGCCUGUCGACACUUGUCGCCAAGAACAAGAGCCCGGCCUUCCGGCCGAACUCUAUAACCGAGUCUCUCAAAGCGACCCUGGGCUUGGAGGACGAUGCCCCGGUUUGUUCGUGCGUAAUUGGCCACGGCCGGGACGGCGACGCGCACUUGGACUGCUGCCGCGCGGCCGCGGGCUCCCCGCCGCCGCUCUCCAUCUACGAUCUCAAGGAGCGCAUCUCGCUCCUGGGGCCGUACGAGCACCUGGCCGGCGGCGACUCGCCGCUCGGGGACAGGGACGAGUCGCCCUCGUACAACGCGGGGAGCUUCGCCAGCCUCGACCUGCUCUCCGUGGAGCGGCGGCGCAAGCAGACGCAGCGGGCGAAGCCGGAGCCCAAGGUGUGCGUCUUCUGUCGGAAUAACGGCGCGCCGGAGGAAGUGUACGGCACGCACAUCCUGAAGACGGCGGACGGCAGGGUGCUGUGCCCCAUCCUGCGCGCGUACACCUGCCCGCUCUGCAGCGCCAACGGCGACAACGCGCACACCAUCAAGUACUGCCCGCUGUCCAGGGAGCAGCCGAGCCAGAGGCUGGCGAGGGGCGGCAGGCCGAUCGGCAAACGGCUGAAGAUCUUCUGAGCGCGGCGAUGGAUGGAGUUCGAGUUGCACUGUUUGAGGAAUUACGCGCGUGUAUGGCAGUCAUUGUUGCCCCCAUUUCCAUGCACAAGACAAGUCUGGGUGGCGAGAGAUUUGAAGAAAAUAAGAUUUGUUUUAUUGAUUUUGUUUGUGUUCCUGCGUCAUUUGUAAUGUUUUAGUCUAUCUCUGUAACUCUAUGGGCACAUGGUUUUUACACAUGGACGCAUUGCGCGCAAUAUUUUACCCCCUCAGCACUCUUAAGGACUCGGUGAUGAACGAGGAACCAAAGUACUGUACAGAUCGACCUGUGAAUGACCACCUCCAUGCUGUGACCGCGAGUUGGUGUGUUUCUCGACCCUGUGCAUGUCGGCGGGCUGGUCUGUGCUCUUAUGAGAUGUCAGCAACACCAAUGGGAGGUCCCAGCACUCCUGAUACCAGAUGAAUGUUCAGUCCCAUCCAUCAAUGGCCCAGUGGAUGUAAAGAGUCUGACAGGUCGCCUAUACGCAAGAUGCAAAACACACUUCUCGAGCACGUUGUUCUUCUUUUCUUGAGAUAAAUGUUUUCUACCAAAGGAAUACACUUUUGUAUUUAGCCUAAAGGUGAUUUCUGUAUAUGUUAAUAUGUUGGAUGUCUUAUAUUCUUUAGCCUUUAUGUGUGACUUCAUGUGGAUAGUACUUUACCUGAAUGUAAAACAGUGGAGGGUAUAGAUCUGAGCUGCAGUUCACCGACAUGCUCUUCAAGGUAUGCAGCUCCGAGCUCUGUAUUGUUCAAAAAACACAAAUGCUGUAUAACUGCAAUUCUUGUAAAUGUAUAAAAGGGGGCAAACAGUUUUGGCAAUGAAAAGCCUGACAUUCCAAAGUCUAUAUCUGUCAAUAAAAAUGUUUUAUGUACUUAUUUUUACCUUAUGUAUCACUGGCAAAUAUAUUCGCUGUAAAUAACCUCUGAAUAAAAACGUAAUUUGCAUUUUUCUUUAA